GGAUAAAUGUAUGUUUACACAUAGCAAUAUAUAAAUAAAUGGAGAUGGAGCCUCUUCUUAGCAUUAGUCUCACUCUCAUCAAUCUCCAAACAAAUAAAAACAACUUUAUACAAUUCCAAUUAUGGAAAAACAAAACCAACAAACUCUGAAAGUGAUGAAGAAAUCUUCAAGUAGACCUUCCAAGUUUAAGAGAAUUUGUGUGUUUUGUGGUAGCAGUCCCGGCAAAAAUCCCAAUUAUCAGCUUGCUGCUAUCCAACUUGCUAAUCAACUCAUUGAAAGAAACAUAGACUUGGUUUAUGGAGGAGGAAGCAUUGGAUUAAUGGGCUUGGUUUCUCAAGCUGUCUAUAAUGGAGGUCGUCAUGUCUUGGGUGUUAUCCCCAAGACGCUUAUGCCUAAGGAGAUAACUGGUGGAACAAUUGGAGAAGUUAGACCUGUAUCCGGUAUGCAUCAAAGAAAAGCAGAAAUGGCUCGUCAAGCUGAUGCUUUCAUUGCUUUACCAGGAGGUUAUGGCACUUUGGAAGAAUUACUCGAAGUCAUCACCUGGGCUCAGCUAGGAAUUCACGAAAAACCGGUGGGCUUAUUAAACGUUGAUGGGUAUUACAACUCAUUAUUGUCCUUUAUAGACAAGGCUGUUGAUGAGGGUUUCGUAACUCCAGCUGCCCGUAAUAUAAUUGUGUCUGCCCCAACUGCCCAUGAACUAAUGUCUAAACUUGAGGACUACGUUCCAAAACACUACGAUACAACGCCAAAGCUAAGCUGGGAAAUGGAGCAGCAGCUAGGUUAUGCUACAACUAAGUCAGAAAUAUCUCGUUGAUUACAACCAACUUUAUAUAAAAUCAUGUCUAAUUGUACAAAUUAUUGUAGAGUAGUUCAAGCAAAAAUAUAUAACUCUUAGUAGAUUUUUGAGAGAGAACAAAACAACACAGGAUGAUGAUUAGACUACUACUACUACUAUAUAACCACAAUUAAUCUUCUUUAUUGUCUAUGGCAUUUUAUAUGCAAUUUUUUUUUUUUUUUUUUUUUUUUAUGAUUUUAGGGGAAUUAUUUAUUUUGUAUCAAUUUUAACUACAAGUUAUAUAGUAGUCUUCUAUAUAAGUUAUAAGUUAAAUAUUCUUAGUAUAGUUAUAUCAAUCAUAAUCUUGUACAUGGCGGAUUCUAAGCAUAUUCGGGAGGCCUUUAAAAUUCAGGGGCCUCGAAUUAGUUUUAUAUAAAUUUUUUAUAAUUAAA